GGUCUGGUCAAAUAUUUUUUCUGUGACUUUGGCAUGUUUGUCAGUGUAAAACGUUCAAAAAACAUGUUUUUGGUAUUUUUGAUCAAACUCAGAGUCAAGACAAUGCAACGUGCUCGUCCAUCAUCAUAAAUAUAAUGAUACAUAAAGUCGUAGAAAUAAGGUUUUUUUGGAACUUUAUUGAUGGAUUAUUUAUAAAAUUUUUUUAAAAAUUUUAUUUAUAUUUUUGUUCUUUGAUUUUUAAAUGGAAAAUAGAAAAAAAUAAAAAUUCUUUUUAUUUUUAUUAAUUGUUGAAUAACAAAAUUUAUCUUUAUUUUCUUUAAAAAUACUUAUGUAUGUAUGUAUUCCUUAAAUAAUUUUAGAUAUUUUUAAAGAAAAAUAAUUAUUUCAUAAAAAUGAAAGUCCCUCCACCACCCAGUUAUGACGAAACAACAGGAACAGCACCUCCCCUAGACGAUUCUGCAAACGUUUAUCCACCAAUUCCGGAAUUUAAUGACCAAACUUUUCCACAACCUUUAAUGGGUAUUCCUCCACAGAAUGAUGAUGCUCCUUAUUCACAUCCACAUCCUAAUGUUGACCAGUUUCUUGGGCCGUUCCCGCAACAAGCUUAUUGCCCUACAUGUAAACAACAUACACUAACUGAAGUUAAAUAUGUUUCUGGGUUGCUUACUUGGAUUUUGGUUUUUGUCUUUAUAAUUUUUGGAUUUGUUUGUUGUUGUUGUCUCAUACCUUUUUGUGUUGACAGCUGUAAAGAUUGCCAACAUCGCUGUACUCAAUGUUAUACUUAUAUUGGGACAUAUCAACGUGUUUUUGGCAGUACUCGAAGUAAUCAAGGGAAUGUUAUUAUUGUGAGACAGAAUUAA